AUUACCAAGUAAACAUACAAAGAAUGUCUCUCAAAUACUAGCUAAAAUUAGAAAAAUUCUCAAUCAAGCAAUUAAUUGAACAACAGCUUGACUGCUCGUGUUGCACCUUUAUUUGACCCGUGUUAUGCUCAUUGUAUGCUCCCAUUUGCUUGGGCUCGCCUGGGGUUGGUUUCAGAUGUUGUAAUAUAGCUCAAUUGAUGUUUUGGUGCUGAUGAUCCGUUGUGCUCCGCCCCCUCGAAACUGUCCUGUGUGAUGAAAGGAACUCUCUGAGCCAAGAGCUGACUGACACAGCUGACUUCCAUCCUGAGUACCAGGCACACGCUCCCAUUGCAUCAAGUCAAAAAGUAUCCUACGCACCAUGAUGGCAUCGGACGAAUUGGCGAGGGAACUGCAGCCCAGGCUUGCCGCGGAGCCGGCUCACCUAUUCAACCCGUCUACACCAGAGGAGACCCCGGUGAAAGCGAGCGACCCUGUCCCUGGUCCGCAGAAAAAAGCGGUGGCGGUCAGUGUCAAUGAUGACACAUCGGAACUCACCGCGAAACUCACGCGGAGACUGUGCAUCAACAAUGGGAACGCGGCGCCCAAGCAGGCCAAGCUGUUCAAUCCCUACACGGAAUUCAAAGAGUUCUCCCGCAAACAGAUCAAAGACAUGGAGAACAUUUUCAAACGGUUUGACAGUGGUAAGGACGGCUUCAUAGACCUGAUGGAGCUGAAGCUGAUGAUGGAGAAGCUGGGAGCUCCUCAGACCCACCUCGGCCUCAAGAACAUGAUCAAGGAGGUGGAUGAGGACUUCGACGGCAAGCUGAGCUACAGAGAGUUCCUGCUGAUCUUCAGGCGAGCAGCGGCAGGCGAGCUGCAGGAGGAGAGUGGUCUGAUGGCUCUGGCCAGACUGUCUGAGAUAGACGUCUCCACAGAGGGAGUCAUGGGGGCACGGGACUUUUUCGAGGCUAAGGUGCAGGCUCUGAAGGUGGGCAGUAAGUUUGAGGCUGAGAUCCGAGAGGAGCAGGAGGAACGGAAGAGACAGGAGCUAGAUAGGAAACAGAGACAGGCUGCUUUCAAAGAGCUGCAGUCUGCCUUCUGCUCUUAACACAGUAGACACACUCACACUUACACACACACACUUACACACACACACACACACACACACACACACACACACACACACACACACACACACACACACACACACACACACACACACACACACACACACACACACACACACACACACACACACACACACUUUAAAACAUCCAUGAUCACACGCAGACUUACAUGCACAGAAAGGGAGGUUUUAAAGUAGUUCCACAGCUUCACUGAAUAUACAAAUAAGAAUAUUUAAUUGAAUAAUGCAAGAGAUUGCUAAUACGGUUAUUGUUAUGAUAUGGCUAUUAUUAUUGAUUGUUGUUAUUAUUGUUCUAAUUAAUAUGGUUGUAUUAGCUAUUAUACACAAUAUUCUCACAUGUUUUAAAACAGUGAGGUCAUGCCUAUUUUAAGGAAAUCGAUUUUUCUAUUUGCUAUCAAUAAUUGGAUUGUUUGAUGUACAUUACUGAAAAGGUUUUGUGGAGCAAUGUAUUGACCAAUUUAUGUGUAGAAGGCAAAAUCAUUUUACAAUACCUGUGUCAAAAACAGUUUCUCGAAAAAAAAUUCUGUUGCAACAUUUUCAAAAUCACUCUGUGAAUCUACGUUUUUACUUUUGUCAGAUUGUACUAUUAUAUUGAGUAUUGACCUGUAAUCCAUGUUUGUUUAAUUUCCAGAAACAUGCCAUCAUGUAACACUGUAGCAAUAUGUUGUCUUAUGUGUUCUGAAAUUAAAAGGAAAUGGAUGUAUUGUAUUUUUCCAUAAAUUAACAAUGGUAAUCACA